UGCACAGCUUUAUCUCACCGGGCUCCAGCUGAUUGUUAAUAUAACGUUUAUAAAACCGGCCCGUCAACCACAUAGACAUUUGUAUUUAGCAGUAAUUACUAUUCUGAAACUGCGCCGUUUUAUAAUAAUUACAUAAGUGCAAAUAAGAAAUUAGUACAAAACAUAAUCAUGAUUGGGAUCGACAUUGGGAAUCAGUCUUCCUUCGUCGCCGUCGUGAAGGAUUGUGGUGUCGAAACGGUGGAUAAUGACUACAGUUUGAGAGCAACUUCAUCAGUGGUCGCCUUCUCCUCGAGGAAUCGCAUUCUCGGCGUCGCCGCUGCAAAUCAGCAAACGUCCAAUUUGACGAAUACAAUUUCCUCCUUUAAACCCCUCCUUGGCUUGCGGUGGGAAGAUUUCUUCGUGCUAGACGAGGUUCAGCGGGUGCCUUAUAAACUGGUCCCUCAUCCGAGUGGGGGUGUGGCGGUGCAAGUCUGCUACUUCGGUGAGGAGCGGGUCUACUCCAUGGAACAUAUCACGGCCAUGCUCCUCACCGGAUUGAAAGUAACGACCGAGACGGUGCUAAAGAGUGUGAUAAAAAAUUGCGUGAUGGCGUAUAGGAAGGAGGCUAUGAUGAAAGCCCACACAUCCUUACUUCGCAGGAACCAGCGGAUGAUUUGCUACUUGGUUUUCGUUCUGUAUUGUUUGCCUUUCUGCCAGAAAGUUUCUGGUAUAUGCAUAUUCCUUUGGCAAAGUGACUUGGAUAAUCCGAAUAUUUUACAGGAAAGGUGUUUGUUAUAUUGAUGUCUUCUUCCAAGGAAAAGUAUAUAAUUAAUUUCGCGAAGUACUUUCUAUUGAAUUUAUGAUCUUCUAUCAACCUAACGAAAACCAUUCAAUCCAACUUCGGAUUCCUCGGGCAUAGGUCUCGUACAGCCAAGAGCAAAAGGAUGGGACAUAUGGAAGAGACUUUUGGGACAAUGUUAUUCAAAUGGGGAAUUAAAUGCCCUAUCCUUUUGCACCGCGUAUCUAUCCGAAUAAUUUUUUUAGCGCUUUAAUAUAAUUUUUAUUAAAUAAAGCGUGC